AGCUAUGGGCACAGCCUCUUUCUCGCAUCCUUUUGUUACCAGACAAUAGUCCAUGGCUUCCAUUGUCUGGGCAUUGCUGCUCUGCCUUGUACAGCUCCACUCACUCGUCGCCUCCAGCGCCCAUCCUGAUGGCAAUCUCACUCACCACUCUAGUACUCCUCUGUGCCGCCCGGAUCAGGCUAACGCUCUGCUUAAACUCAAGCAGUCUUUCAUGUUCCACUCAAACUCCGAGUCGGAGGACUCAUUAUUAGACUCCAUCCCCACUCUUCCUGCUUGGCAAGCUGGCACAGACUGUUGUAUCUGGGAGGGCGUCGGCUGCAGCAACUCCACGGGCCAUGUCACCUCGCUCAACCUCGGUGGUUUUGGCUUGUACAUCAAUGGCAUCGACCCAGCGCUCUUUAAUCUCACCUCCCUCAGGCUGCUUGACCUGAGCGCCAAUAACUUUGGUAGCCGGUGGUACGAGAUCCCAUCAGUUGGUUUUGAGAGGCUUGCUUUGCUUACCCAUCUCAACCUCUCAGGUUCAGGCAUCAGCGGUCAGGUACCUGUUGGCAUUAGCAAACUCACGAAUCUUGUAUCCUUAGACCUUUCCAACGGUAAUAUUUAUACCGAUGACGACCCAGGCUCCUAUGCCUGGAGCGGCACACCUAAUAGCCUUUGGGAACACAAUUUCCCGACCCUAGUGGCAAAUCUUAGCAAUUUGAGAGAGCUUUACCUUGAUAGAGUGUACCUAUCACCUUCUACUGCAGAAGAUUGCUUCAAAGCUCUAGCUAAUUCUGUCCCACAUCUGCGGGUUCUUAGCUUGGAGCACUGCUGGCUCCAAGGUCAUAUUGGUCGCUCUCUCUCGAGGCUGCACUUUCUGGUCGUGAUCAACCUCAGCAACAAUCCUGAUAUCACCCCUGGUCCAUUUCCUGAGUUUGUCAUGAAUUUUCUUAAUCUCAGAGUACUCCAGCUGUCUGGCAUUAAUCUUGAAGGGCAGUUCCCUCAUGGAAUCUUUCGAUCAGAAAAUCUAAGAGUAGUGGACUUGUCCUUGAAUCCAAAUCUCUUAGGUCACAUGCCCAACUUUUCUAAUGCCACUUCUUUAGAGACACUGAGGAUAGAGUGGACCAACUUUUCCUAUGUUAAAUCAAGCUAUUUUAGCGAUUUCACAGCAUUGACGGAAUUAGGUCUUGAUGGAAAAAUUAUUUCCAGGUAUUUCCUCUCUUCAUUUGGUAUGCUUGAGUCUUUGCGCAGAUUGGUACUGGCACGACUGGAUUUACCGAGAGAAUCGGAGUCAUUUUUUUCUUGGUUUCAAGGCAUUAGAAACCUGAGAAGCUUGCAAUUCUAUGAUUGCGACUUAUCCUUGACAAUACCUUCCUCUACUGGAAAUCUCAAAAACUUGAUAAGUUUAGUAAUUUCUGAGAGCAACCUCACAACACAAACAUUAUCAGCAGUUGCCAAUAUUAGGAGCUUGAGAUUUUUGGACAUUGAAGGCUGGGGUUGUUCAUUGGGGCCUCUGCCAUCCGCAAUUGGGAAUAUGACUAGCUUGGAAAGAUUGAGCAUCUUGGGCUGUCAGCUUUCUGGACCAAUACCACAAGAAGUUGGCGCAAUAAAGAAAUUGACAUCACUGACACUACCAGACAUCGGUCUUUCUGGCAGAAUACCUAGUUCAAUGGCUAAUCUGACUCUGCUGACUGAGCUAUGGCUUGGCGGAAAUAGUCUCAGGGGAGAAAUCCCAGCAUCUCUUUUCACCCUUCCAGCGCUAGAAUGCUUGGAUCUAUCAUCGAACCAACUUUCUGGUCCUAUACAUGAAUUCGAAGGGGUAUCUUCACACUUGAAGGUCAUAUACUUAGGAGGGAAUGAAUUGACUGGGCAGAUUCCGCGGUCAUUGAUGAUACUUCCGAAUUUGACGAUUCUCCACAUUGAAGGGAACAACUUGAUGGGCUCAGUUGAUCUUGGAUCAUCAUUAUGGAGGUUGGAGAACCUCACUUACUUAUAUCUGUCACACAACAAUCUGACAGUAAUGGAAGGGAAAGGUAGUAACUCUUCAUCUACCUAUCCCUCUCGGCUUGUGGGACUAGGACUUGCUAGUUGCAAUAUGACAAAAAUACCAAACUUAUUGAUGCGUCUUAAGAACAUGGAUGAUUUGGACCUUUCAAGCAAUAAAAUAAGCGGGGAUAUACCAAACUGGAUAUGGAACAAUGAUCUCAGUAGAUUAAAUCUUUCAAAUAACAUGUUCACUGGUAUGGAACACAAUUCGUCACAUGUUAUCCCACGCAAUAGAGUCUUGUAUUUUUUCGACCUUAGCUCCAACAAACUUCAGGGACAGAUUCCUAUGCCAUGCUUGUCAGCUGUCUUCUUGGAUUAUUCAAAUAAUAUGUUCUCUUCUUUUCUUCCAAACUUCACAUUAUACCUUAGCUCUACCCGGUAUCUUAAGUUGUCCAACAACAACAUAAGUGCUCAUUUACCGCAUUCAAUUUGCCAUUCACGGGUGGAAAUCCUUGAUUUGUCAUUUAACAAUUUUAGCGGACCGGUGCCACCAUGCCUGAUGGAAAAAAGAUAUUUGAGGGUAUUAAAUUUGAGGGAGAAUCAAUUCAAAGGGAUGUUACCUACAAAUAUUUCAAGUGGAUGUUCUGUUGAGACAAUAGAUUUGCAUGGCAAUAAGAUUGAAGGUCAAAUUCCAAGGGCACUCCAUAAUUGCACUAACUUGGAGGUUCUUGAUCUUGGAAGAAAUCAAAUUGCAGAUACCUUUCCAUCUUGGCUAGGGAGGCUUUUGAAUCUUCAUGUCCUUAUCUUGAGAUCCAACCAGUUCCAUGGCUCAAUAGAUUAUCUUGAAGAUGAGAAAUCUGGAGAGCAGUUCUCAAGCUUGCAAAUUGUUGACCUGGCCUCAAACAAUUUCUCUGCAGUGCAUCCACAGUGGUUUGAGAAUUUGAAAUCAAUGAAGAAGUAUAACAAUACAGGACAAAUCAUAGACCAUCCAAACCCAACACAAGGAUUUUACCAAGACUCAGUCUCAAUAUCAUACAAAGGGUUCUUCGUGACAUUUGAUAGGAUCUUAACUACCUUAACAGCAAUAGACAUAUCAGAUAAUGCACUGGAAGGUAUCAUUCCUGUGUCCAUUGGAAAUCUUGUUUCACUACAUGUACUAAACAUGUCUCACAAUGCCUUCAGUGGAGAAAUUCCACCCCAGCUUGGCAGCAUCACUGCUUUGGAGUCCCUGGACCUGUCUUCAAACAUGCUGUCAGGUGAGAUUCCACAAGAGCUAACGAAUCUCACAUUCCUCAGUACCUUGAACCUGAGCAACAACCAAUUGGAUGGAAGCAUACCGCAAUCACGUCAAUUCGGGACAUUCCAGAAUAGCUCAUUUGAUGGCAAUGUGGGGCUAUGUGGACCCCCCUUAUCCAAACAAUGUGGCUCUAUGGAUGCUCAAAGCAAAACAAAUCUGAAAAGCUCUUCUCAUAGUGUUGAUGUUGUUUUGUUUCUCUUCGUUGGUGUGGGCUUUGGAGUGGGAUUUGCAGCAGCUAUUAUAGUGAAACUUGAUUGGAUCAAGAAAUGGUUUCAUAUAUGAGGAUUCUGUGAACUUGACCAGAAGGGGCCUAGUUGCUAGCAGUGUGAUUUUCCAGGAGAGUCUACAUGUCAUGCAUGCACAGAAUGGUACUUUCUAGUCUACAGUUGCUGCUCGAGUAUACACUAUGGUCAUGUUAUGAUAAGUGUUGCUUUUGUCUCUGUAAUCUUUCGAAACCUUGUUAUUGUUUGGCACUUUGGCUUACUAUUACUUGCUGGUCCUAUAUGGGAUCAGUGAUCAGAAUUAUUCA